CCGGGUUUUGCGGCGGAGCGGACUGGUUGCGCGUGCUGAAUUUUCAUCUGUCGUCCUCGACUGAGGUCGGCGGUGGGAGAUUAUGGUGCUGGACGAACUGUGGACCGCACUGUCUGGCGCCUCAGGGGCGGCCCUGGCCUGCUGCUUCGUGGCCGCAGCCAUAGCCCUGCGCUGGUCCGGACGCCGGACGGCACGGGGCGCGGCGGCCCGGGCGCGACAGAGCCAGCAAGCGGCCCUGGAGACCAUGGACAAGGCGGCGCAGCGCUUCCGGCUCCAGAACCCUGACCUGGACUCAGAUGCAUUGUUGGCCCUGCCGUUACCACAACUAGUGCAGAAGUUGCGCAGUGGGGAGCUGUCUCCUGAAGCAGUACUUUUUACCUAUGUGGGAAAGGCCUGGGAAGUGAACAGUGAGACCAACUGUGUGACCUCCUAUCUGAGUGAGUGUGAGACUCAGUUGGCUGCUGCGGACUCGAGGCAGGGCCUGCUCUAUGGUGUCCCUGUAAGCAUCAAGGAGUGUUUCAGCUACAAGGGCUAUGACUCUACGUUGGGCUUGAGUGUGAACCAGGGUAUGCCGGCCGAAUGUGACAGCGUGGUGGUACAGGUGCUGAAACUUCAGGGUGCUGUGCCCUUCGUGCACACCAACGUCCCCCAGUCCAUGCUCAGCUUUGACUGCAGCAACCCUCUCUUUGGCCAGACCACCAAUCCAUGGAAGCUCUCCAAGAGCCCAGGUGGCUCCUCAGGGGGUGAGGGGGCCCUCAUUGGGGCUGGGGGCUCCCUCCUGGGCUUAGGGACUGACAUUGGUGGCAGCAUCCGCUUCCCCUCCGCCUUCUGUGGCAUCUGCGGCCUCAAGCCCACAGGGAACCGCCUCAGCAAGAGUGGUCUGAAGGGCUGUGUCUAUGGACAGCUGGCAGUACAACUCUCAGUCGGCCCCUUGGCCCGGAAUGUGGAGAGCCUGGCAUUGUGUUUGCGAGCCCUGCUGAGUGAGGACAUGUUCCGCUUGGACCCCACCGUGCCCCCCAUGCCCUUCAGGGAGGAGAUCUACAAAAGCACUAGGCCCCUCCGAGUAGGGUACUAUGAGACUGACAACUAUACCAUGCCCACCCCAGCCAUGAAGCGGGCUGUGCUGGAGACCAAGGAGCGCCUUGAGGCGGCUGGUCACACGUUGGUUCACUUCCUACCAAGUGACAUACCUCACGCCCUGGAGAUCCUGUCAACAGGUGGGCUGUUCAGUGACGGUGGCCACCGUUUCCUGCAGAACUUUAAAGGUGAUUUCGUGGACCCCUGCUUGGGGGACCUGAUCCCAAUUCUGAAGCUGCCCAAUUGGCUUAAAGGACUGCUGGCCUUCCUACUGAAGCCACUGUUCCCGAGGUUGGCAGCUUUUCUCAGCAGCAUGAGGACUCGGUCGGCUGGAAAGCUCUGGGAACUGCAUCAUGAGAUCGAGGUGUACCGCAACAGCGUGAUAGCGCAGUGGAGAGCGCUGGACCUGGAUGUGCUGCUGACCCCCAUGCUGAGCCCUGCUCUGGACCUGAAUGCCGCAGGCAGGGCUGCAGGGGCCGUCAGCUACACUCUACUCUACAACUGCCUGGACUUCCCUGCAGGAGUCGUGCCUGUCAGCACGGUGACCGCAGAAGAUGAGGCCCAGAUGGAACAUUAUAAGGGCUACUUUGGGGACAUCUGGGACUGGAUAUUUGGGAAGGCCAUGAAGAAUAGCGUGGGGCUGCCUGUGGCUGUGCAGUGUGUGGCUCUGCCCUGGCAGGAGGAGCUGUGUCUGCGGUUCAUGCGGGAAGUGGAGCAGCUGAUGCCCCGGGAAAAGUGACUGUCUGGACUGCAGAUCGUCUACUUGCUCGGUGCUUGCUGGAGGACCUGAGACCCACUCAGUCUGAGGCCCAG